AUGCGUAGGCAGAAAGAGAGCGAAAAGGGAAAACCUCAUCUGAUCUACGCGUACGGCACGCUGAAGCAAGGGUUCCCCAAUCAUGGUCUAAUGCAGGAGCUGAUAAGCAAGGACGACGCCGUUUUGCUUGGAAGCUAUUUGACCGAGCAACCCUACCCGCUCGUGUGCGGGCCCCACGGAAUCCCUUACCUCAUAAAGCUACCCGGGUCGGGUCAUCGGGUCAAGGGUGAGUUGUAUGCUGUGUCGGAUGACGCGGUGGUUGGGCUGGACGAGUUCGAAGGCUUGAGCGAUGGCUAUUACGAACGGUUGCCGAUGGUGGCGGAGGAGGAGGGUGGUGGAGGGAGGGUGGUGGCGGAGGCGUAUUGGGGGCACAGGAGGUUCGGGGAGGUGCUGUGGCAGAUGAAAGGAGAGGUUGGGUUGAGGGAGUAUGGGGAGGAUGAAGCCAGAGAGUAUGUGAGAAAAGAGGAUAGGCCUGGUGGCAAAAACACCAUUCUUGACAUAGUUCGUUAG